AUGAUUGAGCGCCGCGUUUUGGCAGUCAUUCGUCUGGCUGCCUUUUCCUUCUCCCAGGCCAUUCCGAUCACUCAUUUGCAGAGGCAAGAAGCGGCAUCCGCUGCUGUACCUACCGACCUACAGACCGAAAGUGUUCACACCAACUCCGAAAUUGAAAAUUUGGCUGCAAGAGAUCGGAGAGCGAAAGACUCGGAAGGAUCAAGUGCCUUCUCUAAUCCCCGGACUCGUCGCCACAAGCGGAAGGUGUGCAGGUCGAUCGCCAUCGCCCAUGGUGGGCCCGUCUUUCCCAUGGAACCCGCUAGGAACAGGCAAGCUGCGCUCGAACGAGCCCCGAUUCUCAUUACUCUGGUGGGGUUCACAUCCCACUACCGCGAAGGACUGUGCUGUCUCUCCCGCACUACUUUCAGCCUUCCGGGCACCAACCGAGUCAUAAUGAGAGAAUUCCGCCAGUCUUGGAUCAUGCUGGCCAAUCCGGUCGUUACCAUCGGUCCUGAUGAGAAAGCCCCCAGACUAGGCCCGGGGCAAAUUACAACCAACCAGGCUCGAGCAGAUCCGAUUCAUCCGUUCCUGCAUCCAUGA